AUGUCGAAGGCAUGUUACCCCCCACCUCCUUGCCGAGCCCUGAAGAACCUCUGCUCCGAGCCUCUCCCUCAGGUGUUUGCAGCUCUGAGCGUGCUCCUCCUGGCGGCCCUCGCCCUGGCCAGCCCUGAGCCCGAGCCACAGCCCGGCUACGGCGGCUACGGCGGCUACGGUGGUGGACGUGGCGGCGGAUAUGGCGGCUACGGAGGGUAUGGCGGCUAUGGUGGUGGACGCGGCGGCUAUGGUGGUGGAUAUGGCGGCUAUGGCGGUGGACGCGGCGGCUAUGGUGGUGGAUAUGGUGGCUAUGGCGGUGGACGUGGCGGUUAUGGUGGCGGCUACGGCGGCUAUGGCGGUGGACGUGGCGGUUAUGGUGGCGGCUACGGCGGGUAUGGUGGUGGACAUGGCGGCUAUGGCUACGGACGCUAA